GGAAAGAGGCAGUGCAAGGCAUGUGACAGGGCUGACGAGAUGGCAGUGCGGAAACAAGUCUUGUUCCUCGAAGCGAAGCGAGGAAAGAAGGGUUGAGGGGCUAUGGGUCGGGCUUAGGGUUAAGAAAUGAACUUCACUCGAAAGGCAAGAAGGCAGGGAUACGAGCACUUGAUGCUGCGACAUCAGCGUGGAGGGUGGAGAGCGGAGGGACUCGUGCAUAUAUGCGCACACUGUACCAUACACACAGCAUGGCUCGGCGUUACAGAGGAUUCUCGCAACGAUGGCAGCAAUAUUUUCUUGCAUACUGCUCUAUACACCUGGUACCCUCUCAUGCAGGUGUAGAUCAGCAUUUUGCUGUGUUUCUCCAUCUUCUAUGUUGUUGCGAUCUCAGGUUGCGGUCUGGUAUUGAUACACCGCGAUAUCGCCAUAACCCGGGGAGUACUUGCAAACAAAGUCAAAUCAGCAUGGUGAUGUAUCCAAAAAGAAAAGGACGCCAGGAAAUCCUUCCUUCGGUCUGCUCUGCGCAAGACCACUUACAUUGCUUCCGCCAUAUCAGUUAUACUCUACACAUUCGAUUGAAACGGCCGCUCAUACCUCAAUCCGCGCACCUCCCAGAUCCGAGUACGAAGGCAGAUAGCGCGAAAAAAUGCCGGCUCGGCCAGUUGAAGGAACUCCGCGUCACAGAGAUAUAUUACAUUACAGUACAUGGACUCACUAUCUAACUAAUCUAUUCAUUUUUGUUACAAAACAACUGGUG